AUGGCUUCCAAGCGCAUCCUCAAAGAGCUCAAGGACUUGCAGAAAGACCCACCAACUUCCUGCAGCGCUGGCCCAGUAGCUGAGGACAUGUUCCAUUGGCAAGCAACAAUUAUGGGUCCUGCUGAUAGUCCUUAUGCUGGAGGUGUAUUCCUAGUCACUAUUCAUUUUCCUCCGGAUUAUCCUUUCAAGCCUCCUAAGGUUGCAUUUAGGACUAAGGUCUUUCACCCAAACAUCAAUAGCAAUGGUAGCAUUUGUCUUGAUAUCCUGAAGGAGCAGUGGAGUCCUGCACUCACCAUCUCCAAGGUACUGCUUUCGAUAUGCUCAUUGCUGACUGAUCCAAAUCCUGAUGACCCACUUGUUCCGGAAAUUGCUCACAUGUACAAAACUGAUAGGACCAAGUAUGAGGCCACUGCUCGCAGCUGGACCCAGAAAUAUGCCAUGGGCUGA